AUGAUGCAGUCGCACAAGGAUCAGGGCGUCUUCAAGGGAGCGAAUUGCUGCCUCGUCGGCAUCUUCUGCUCCCUCAUGCGGUCUGUCGUGCUGCUGGGUUGGAACCUGAUCAAGCUCAUAAUCACGAAAUGGGUGGGUAGGCGGCAGCAAGGACUUCAAGAGCUUCGAUCGACCGUAGAGGCAGAGACUGCCGAACACGACGAAGAGGCUGAAGCUAACACAAGUGUUCGUUUUCGUUUCAGAAAGGCAGCCAGUGCAGAUCAGGCGAACCGUUGGACUUUGCCAACACACGUCGGAACGAGUUUUAGCUUUCGGUGCAAGGUGCUCGAGAACCCCCACUCCCACGUUGGCGCAUGCAGCUGCUGGCGAUGCAUGAGCCGUAUGAGGUCUGAGCUGUUCUCGUCCUUCGAGCAGGCGAGGUCGCAAGGCUACGUUGUGGUCACAUCGGUCGAAGAAGCGGGAGGGGACAACGAGGCUGGUGAUCGGCCGCCCAUCAGCACCCCGGGGCUCGGCCCUGGACUCUGCAGCCAACGAUCAAGGCAGAGAGGCCCAGUGAGGGGCAGGAGCGUGCAGAACUGUGCAGCAAUGAGUGGAACAGGAAUUUCAGCUGCGCAUGCACGCGUUGCAGAUAUUUACUUCUUCGAAGAAAUUGCUGUGGCAGUCAGAAAGCUGCAAGAUGGCGGACGAGCCAAGGAAAGAACGAGACUGAGGUUCAGUCUGGAAGAAACAAAGUUGACACAGCCAAUGGAAAGUGCAUCUGAUCAAACCGCGUCAAGUGACUCCUUGAAAGAGCAAACGAGCGACCUCAACGACUAUUGA